AAGUUUUCCCUUUUUUUUUCUGGUUUCAAUCUGAUAUUCCGAAAUCUGAGAUCGUCUUCCAACCCUUUUUUGCUUGUUGUUUCUCGUUCUGGAUUCCGAUUUCCUCUCGAUUAUUGUUCAUGCGUAGUGUUUCUGCAGUAUCUCUAGGGUUGAUUUCAGGAUACGAAUAUGAAGUACAUGGAUUUCUUUAGUAAAGUUGGGAAUAUACUCGGGAAGAGCGGCACCCGAGCCGCUGACCCUUUGCUACUAGGCUUCCAAAGCAUAUCCCAGCCGAGGCUCUUUGUCGGACGUCUCCCUUUCGGCGUCGAUGAUAAUGGUUUAAAAGAAGCUUUCAGUAAAUAUGGGAAUGUCGUCGAAGCGAAUGUUAUUAAGGACCGUGAGACUGGUAAACCGAGGGGGUUCGGUUUUGUGACAUUUAAUUUGGAUAAAGAGGCUUCACGUGCAAUACGAGCAUUGGAUGGACGGGAUUUCGACGGGCAAAGAAUUCGGGUGAAUUACGCACGCUCCCGAUAGAAGAGAAGCUUAUGAGGUUAACGAGCAUUCGCAAUAACGAACAUGAAUGAAUGAAUUAGGCAGGUCAUUUACCACCACCAAAAAAAAAACUUUACUUGUGGGGCAAAUGCUGUCUAGUUUCUCUUCCGAGAGUUGGUCGUUCGAUCUCUAUUUGUUUUCCCAAAAAAAAAAAACAUGGGAUUCUGUCUUUGGUAAUGACAGGAACCACUGUUUAUAACUUGGAUGGAUAACGAGGAUAGUUUACUUUUUGUUCUGAUCAUUUGGCUGAAGCACUUCAAGACUAUAACUUGCUUCUAAACAUCUCUCUUGCAUUUAGUUAUCAGCAAAUCA